UUUCCACAUGUGAGGAACAUUGUUUUUGAGCUAUGGCGAUGGCGCCGGCGAUUGUCUCAGGCGCCAUUCCCAGUGCCUCGCCGGAUGCUCCUAGGGUCUGUCAUCGAGGCGAUGCCGCGGCCGCGUCUUGCAGCGAUCGGGCGCCCCCGCAUUGCGUGAAUCUGGCUAGGGGUUGGCAUUGCAGGGGUAAGAUUUCUUGGUGGAGGCAUUGCAAUGGCGGUGAUCCCGUCGUCUCGUGCCGCGCGAUGGAGACGAGCACGUCCAGUUACAGCUCGUCGGAGAGCGUGGAUGUGAAGAAAUUGGCAGGGUCGCCCAAGCGAGGGAGACCCCUUCCUUUCGGCGCUACGCCCGUGGAAGGGGGUGUAAAUUUCUCUGUGCAUUCUAGCGGCGCGAUCGCUGUGUCCUUGUGUUUGUUCACCGAGGAAGAUUUGCAAAAGGGCCGAGUUAGUAAAGAAUUUCCUCUCCAUCCAGUUUUUAACAGGACUGGAGAUGUGUGGCAUGUCUAUCUCCCAGACGUAUGUCCAAAUUUGCUGUAUGGAUACCGGCUAAAUGGGAAAUUCAGUCUGGAGGAGGGGUGCUGCUACGAUUUGUCUCGAAUUCUUGUAGAUCCUUAUGCUAAGGCUGUAGUUAGUCGGGGAAAAUACGGAGCUUUAGGACCUGGAAACAGCUGCUGGCCUCAGAUGGCCGGGAUGGUUCCGCAGUUAAACGACGAGUUUGAUUGGCAAGGGGAUUCGCCUCCGCGUCACAAACAAAAGGAUCUUAUAAUAUAUGAGCUUCAUAUGCGUGGUUUUACGCAGCAUCCAUCAAGUAAUGUGGAUUUUCCUGGGACAUACCUCGGAGCCCUGGAGAAGCUGCCACAUUUGAAGGACUUGGGUAUCAACGCGAUAGAACUGAUGCCGAUUCACGAGUUUAAUGAGCUAGAAUACUAUUCGUACAAUCCCGUGAUGGGUGAUCACAAGAUGAACUACUGGGGCUACUCGACCAUCAAUUUCUUUUCUCCAAUGACGAGAUAUGCUUCGUCUGGAAUACAAAACUGUGGUCGUGAUGCGAUUAAAGAGUUUAAAACUUUUGUAAGGGAGGCGCACAAGCUUGGCAUAGAGGUUUUUAUGGAUGUAGUUUUCAAUCAUACUGCUGAAGGAAAUGAAAUGGGACCGAUUAUUUCUUUUCGGGGAUUGGAUAACCGUGUCUAUUACAUGACUGCGCCCAAGGGAGAAUUCUAUAAUUAUUCUGGAUGCGGGAACACAUUCAAUUGCAACCAUCCUGUGGUCAGGCGAUUUAUUGUUGAUUGUCUGAGGUACUGGGUGCUGGAGAUGCACAUUGAUGGUUUUCGUUUUGAUCUAGCGUCCAUACUAACCCGCGCAAGUAGUCUUUGGGAUAAAGCAAAUGUUUUUGGCACUAGCGAGGACGUGGAUGGAGAUUCUGUGACAACAGGCACGCCACUGAGUGAACCUCCACUUAUCGAUAUGAUAAGUAACGAUCCCGUUCUGAGAGGAGUGAAGCUAAUUGCUGAAGCAUGGGAUUCAGGAGGUCUUUAUCAAGUGGGAAAUUUUCCUCACUGGGGAAUCUGGUCUGAAUGGAAUGGACAGUAUCGAGAUACUGUGCGCCUUUUUAUCAAAGGAACUGAUGGAUUGGCUGGGGCAUUCGCACAGUGCUUGUGUGGCUCGCCGCACUUAUAUCAGGACGGAGGCAGAAAACCAUGGCACAGCGUCAACUUUGUAACUGCUCAUGAUGGAUUUACACUACUUGACCUUGUGUCGUACAACUCGAAGCACAACAUAGCGAACGGGGAGAGCAACAACGAUGGGGAAACUCAUAACAACAGUUGGAAUUGCGGAGAGGAAGGCGAGCUCGUUAGCAUUCGUGUGCGCCGCCUAAGGCACAGGCAGCUGAGGAAUUUUCUGGUAGCUCUUAUGGUCUCUCAGGGUGUACCUAUGGUAACAAUGGGCGAUGAGUACGCACAUACAAAAGGAGGGAACAACAACACGUACUGCCACGACAAUGCUAUAAACUAUUUCAGGUGGGAUAAAUUGCGAACGGAUCCAACCGGUCUCUUCCGGUUCUCACGCCAUCUGUUCAACUUUAGAAGGCAAUCCGAGUCGCUUGGACUUGGAGAUUUCCCAACAGCCGAGCGCCUGGAGUGGCACGGCGUUGUUCCAGAGACUCCAGAUUGGUCCGAAACCAGCCGUUUCGUCGCAUUUUCACUGGUGGAUGCGAAGAAGCGAGAGCUUUACAUUGCAUUUAACACGAGCCAUCUGCCAGUGCUGGUCACUCUCCCGGAAAGGCCAGGCUUCAAAUGGCAGCCAGUGGUAGACUCGAGCAAGCCCGCCCCUUACGACUUUCUAGCCGACGACAUCCCCGAUUUGGCAACAGCAUACGCGCAGUACAGCCCGCUUCUCAACGCUCAAAUCUAUCCUAUGAUAAGUUACAGCUCUGUCAUCCUCGUCCUUGUCCCGCUCAACGAGGAUUGAGAGAGAGAGAGCUUCAUCGACUGUAAAUUCCAGUUUCUCCAGCGUCAAGCAACCGUGUAGAUAGAGAGAAGUUCCUGUCAAUAAGAAAUCCCGGAAUAAGUGGAGCUUAGAUUUCGCAGGAAGAGGAAAACUAGGAAAAAAAAA